UUAACCACCGUCUCCCCUCCAAGCCCUGCGACUGCGAGCACCGUCAACCCUGGUUUCUAGUACCUCGCAGCUAAGCUUCCAUAUGGGUUCGAGAGUCUUUCUUGCCGCGGCCGUGGUGGCCGUGGCCGUAGCGGCGGCGGGGGCGGACGUCGCGGCGGACCGGGCGGAGUGCUCAGACAAGCUGGUGGCGCUGGCGACGUGCCUGACGUUCGUGCAGGGGCAGGGGCAGGCGCCGACGCCGGAUUGUUGCGGGGGGCUGAAGACGGUGCUGCAGACCAGCCCCAAGUGCCUGUGCGUGCUCGUCAAGGACCGCGACGAUCCCGGCCUGGACUUGAAGCUCAACGUCACGAGGGCGCUCGGCCUCCCCGCCGCCUGCAGCGCGCCCGCGAACAUCUCCGACUGCCCAAGGCUACUGAACCUGCCGCCCAAUUCCAAGGACGCGGAGGUCUUCGAGCAGUUUGCCAAGCAGCAGGCAGCCCAGAGCAGCCCAAGUGGCGCGUCGAGUGCGCCGAGCACGGGCGCACAGAAGAACGCGGCGGCGAGGAUGAGGUGGUUGGGAGUGGGCAGAGUUGGUGUGGCCGCACGCGCAGCGCCGCUCCUCUUCUUCGCCGUGCCUUUCUUGCUCCUUGUGCGCUAAAUACAGAAACGGAAGCUGCAGGUCAUCAUUAUUGUGUACAUGGACCGAGAGUGCUUGAUGAGUGCAAGCAUGGAGCAUGCGUGCGCCUGAGUUUGUGUGUGUUAUCUCUUAAUUUGCGUGUGAAAAACUGAACCGAUAUGCAACGAAAAGGGUCUCUACUACAUACAUGUUGACGACUGGGAUUUCUUUCCGGGUUAUGUCUGCCUGGUCAUUUGUAACAGACAUAUCAUGUCAAGUAAUAAAAUUCCCUCAAAAGGGAUCCAUAUACUUCAUGUCA